ACCACUCUAUCAACAACAACUGCAAAAACAUCUACAACUCCAUCAACAACUAUAACACCAGUCACCACAUCAACGGCAUCAACAUCUGCCACUCCAUCAACAACAACUGUACCAACAUCAACCCUUUUGUCAACAACAGUUGCACCACCCACAACAUCAUUGGCAUCAACAUCUACCACUCCACCAAUAACAACUGUCCCAACAUUAACAACUUUGUCAACAACAACUGCACCAACAUCUACCACUCCAUCAACAACAACUGCACCAACAACAACCACUCCAUCAACAACAACUGCACCAGUCAUUACAUCAACAGCGCCAUCAACAACUAAUCAACAACUCAACAGCACCAUCAACAACUCAUCAACAACUCCAUCAACAACAACUGCACCAGCCAUAACAUCAACGGCACCAACAUCAACCACUCUAUCAACAACAACUGCAAAAACAUCUGCAACUCCAUCAGCAACUAUAACACCAGUCACCACAUCAACGGCAUCAACAUCUGCCACUCCAUCAACAACAACUGUACCAACAUCAACCCUUUUGUCAACAACAGUUGCACCACCCACAACAUCAUUGGCAUCAACAUCUACCACUCCACCAAUAACAACUGUCCCAACAUCUACCACUCCAUCAACAACAACUGCACCAGCCACAACAUCACUGGCAUCAAAACCUACCACUCCAUCAACAACUGUAGCAACAUCAACAACUCCAUCAACAACAACUGCACCAGCCAUAACAUCAACGGCACCAACAUCAACCACUCAAUCAACAACAACUGCAAAAACAUCUACAACUCCAUCAACAACUAUAACACCACUCACAACAUCAACGGCAUCAACAUCAACUGCACCAACAUCUACCACUCCAUCAACAACAACUGCACCAACAACAACCACUCCAUCAACAACAACUGUACCAACAUCAACCACUCCAUCAACAACAAAUGCACCAACAUCUACCACUCCAUCAACAACAACUGCACCAACAUCUACCACUCCAUCAGCAACAACUGCACCAACAACAACUACUCCAUCAACAAAAACUGCACCAGCCAUUGGGUCAUCAACAACAACUGCACCAACAUCUACCACUCCAUUAACAACAACUGCACCAACAACAACCAAUCCAUCAACAACAACUGCACCAGCCAUUACAUCAACAGCACCAACAUCAACCACUCCAUCAACAACAACUGCACCAACAUCUACCACUCCAUCAACAACAACUGCACCAGCCACAACAUCACUGGCAUCAAAACCUACCACUCCAUCAACAACUGUAGCAACAUCAACAACUCCAUCAACAACAACUGCACCAGCCACAACAUCAACGGCACCAACAUCAACCACUCAAUCAACAACAACUGCAAAAACAUCUACAACUCCAUCAACAACUAUAACACCACUCACAACAUCAACGGCAUCAACAUCAACUGCACCAACAUCUACCACUCCAUCAACAACAACUGCACCAACAACAACCACUCCAUCAACAACAACUGCACCAACAACAACCACUCCAUCAACAACAACUGCACCAGUCAUUACAUCAACAGCACCAAUAUCAACCAUUCCAUCAACAACUCCAUCAACAACAACUGCACCAACCAUAACAUCAACGGCACCAACAUCAACCACUCUAUCAACAACAACUGCAAAAACAUCUACAACUCCAUCAACAACUAUAACACCAGUCACAACAUCAACCACUCCAUCAACAACAACUGCACCAACAUCUACCACUCCAUCAACAAUAACUGCACCAACAACAACCACUCCAUCAACAACAACUGCACCAGCCAUAACAUCAACGGCACCAACAUCAACCACUCUAUCAACAACAACUGCAAAAACAUCUACAACUCCAUCAACAACUAUAACACCAGUCACAACAUCAACCACUCCAUCAACAACUGCACCAACAUCUACCACUCCAUCAACAACAACUGCACCAACAACAACCACUCCAUCAACAACAACUGCACCACACCAUCAACAACUCAUCAACAACUCCAUCAACAACAACUGCACCAGCCAUAACAUCAACGGCACCAACAUCAACCACUCCAUCAACAACAACUGCACCAGUCAAUACAUCAACAGCACCAUCAACAACUCAUCAACAACUCAACAUCACCACAUCAACGGCAUCAACAUCUGCCACUCCAUCAACAACAACUGUACCAACAUCAACCCUUUUGUCAACAACAGUUGCACCACCCACAACAUCAUUGGCAUCAACAUCUACCACUCCACCAAUAACAACUGUCCCAACAUUAACAACUUUAUUUACCAGUCAACCAUCAACUGCACCAACAUUUACCACUCUACCAGCAACUGCUGCACCAAGCUCAACGUCAACUGCACCAACAUCUACCAUUCCAUCAAUAAUAACUGCACCAACCUUUACCACUCCAUCACCAACUACUGCACCAACAUUUGUCACCCUACCAACAACUGCACCAUCAACAACUCAUCAACAACUCAACAGCACCAUCAACAACUCAUCAACAACUCCAUCAACAACAACUGCACCAGCCAUAACAUCAACGGCACCAACAUCAACCACUCCAUCAACAACAACUGCACCAGUCAAUACAUCAACAGCACCAUCAACAACUCAUCAACAACUCAACAGCACCAUCAACAACUCAUCAACAACUUCUUCAACAACAACUGCACCAGCCAUAACAUCAACGCACCAACAUCUACGACUCCAUCAGCAACAACUGCACCAGCCACAACAUCAUUGGCAUCAACAUCUACCACUCCAUCACCAACUACUGCACCAACAUUUGUCACCCUACCAACAACUGUUGCACCAGCCAUUACAUCAACAGCACCAACAUCAACCAUUCCAUCAACAACUACUGCACAAGCCACAAUAUCAUCUCAACCAACAUGUACCUCUCCGUCAACAACAAAUGCACCAACAUCAACCACUCAAUCAGCAACAACUGCACCAAAAACAACCACUCCAUCAACAAAAACUUCACCAGCCAUUGGGUCAUCAACAACAACUGCACCAACAUCUACCGCUCCAUCAACAACAACUGCACCAACAACAACCACUCCAUCAACAACAACUGCACCAGCCAUUACAUCAACAGCACCAACAUCAACCACUCCAUCAACAACAACUGCACCAACAUCUACCACUCCAUCAACAACAACUGCACCAGCCACAACAUCACUGGCAUCAGCACCUACCAAUCCAUCAACAACUGCAGCAACAUCAACAACUCCAUCAACAACAACUGCAACAGACAUAACAUCAUCAGCACCAACAUCUACCACUCCAUCUACAACAACUGCACCAACAUCAACCACUCUAUCAAUAACAACUGCACCAACCUCUACAACUCCAUCAAUAACUAUAACACCAGUCACAACAUCAACAGCAUCAACAUCUGCCACUCCAUCAACAACAACUGUACCAACAUCAACCCUUUUGUCAACAACAGUUGCACCAGCCACAACAUCAUUGGCAUCAACAUCUACCACUCCAUCAACAACAACUGAACCAACAUCUACCACUCCAUCAACAACAAUUGCACAAACAACAACCACUCCAUCAACAACAACUGCAUCAGCCAUUACAUCAACAGCACCAACAUCUACCACUCCAUCAGCAACAACUGCACCAGCCACAACAUCAUUGGCAUCAACAUCUACCACUCCAUCAACAUCAACUGCACCAACAUCUACCACUCCAUCAACAACAACUGCAGGAACAUCAUCCACUCAAUCAACAACAACUGCACCAGCCACAACAUCAUUGACAUCAACAACUACCAAUCCAUCAACAUCAACAGCAACAACAUCUACCACUCCAUCAACAACAACUGCACCAACAUCAACCACGCUAUCAACAACAACAACUGCACCAACAUCUACCACUCCAUCAACAACUACUGCACAAACCACAAUAUCAUCUGCACCAACAUCUACCUCUCCGUCAACAACAACUUCACCAACAUCAUCCACUCCAACAACAACUGCACCAACAUCAACCACUCUGUCAACAACAGCCACUCCAUCAACAACAACUGCACCAGUCUUAACAUCAACGGCACCAACAUCUACCACUCAAUCAACAACAACUGCACCAACAUCAACCACUCCAUCAACAAUAACUGUACCGACAUUUACCACUCCAUCACUAACUACUGAACCAACAUUUGUCACUCUACCACCAACUGCUGCAACAACUUCAACAACAACUGCACCAACAUCAACCCCUCUAUCAACAACAACUGCACCAACAUCUACCACUCCAUCAACAACACCAAUAUCAACCAUUCCAUCAACAACUACUGCACAAACAUCAACCACAACCAUUGGGUCAUCAAAAACAACUAUCAGCUGCACCAACAUCUACCACUUUGUCAACAAAAACUGCACCGAGAUCUACCUUUUUAUCAACAACAACUGCACCAACAUCAACCACUCUGUCAACAACAGCUGCACCAACAACAGCUUCUCCAUCAACAACAACUCAACAUCAACCACUCCAUCAACAACAACUGCACCAGCCACAACAUCACUGGCAUCAACAUUUACCACUCCAUCAACAUCAACGGCACCAACAUCUAUCACUCCAUCAACAACAACUGUACCAACAUCAACCACGCUAUCAACAACAACUGCACCAACAUCUACCACUCCAUUAACAACUACUGCACCAGCCACAACAUCAUCUGCACCAACAUCUACCACUCCAUCAUCAACAACUGCAGCAACAUCAACCACUCCAUCAACAACAACUGUACCAGCCACAACAUCAUUGGCAUCAACAUUUACCACUCCAUCAACACCAACGGCACCAACAUCUACCACUCCAUCAACAACAACUGCACCAGAAUCCACCAUGUUAUCAACAACAACUGCACCAACAUCUACCACUACAUCAACAAGUACUGCACCAGCCACAACAUCAUCUGAACCAACAUCUACCACUCCAUCAGCAACAACUGCAACAACAUCAACCACUCCAUCAACAACAAUUGCACCAACAUCAACCACUCCAUCAACAACAACUGCACCAGCCACAACAUCAUUAGCAUCAACAUUUACCACUCCAUCAACACCAACGGCACCAACAUCCGCCAUGUUAUCAACAACAACUGCACCAACAUCUACCACUCCAUCAACAACAACAACUGAAACAUCAACCACUCCAUCAACAACAACUGUAAUAUCAACAUCUACUUCACCAACAUCUACCACUCUAAAAACAACUGCUGCACCAACUUCAACAACAGCUGCACAAACAUCCAACACUAUAUCAACAACUGCACCAAUAUUAACAACUCCAUCGACAACAACUGUACCAACAUUUACCACUCUAUCAACAACUGCACCAACCUCAACAACAACUGCACCAACAUCAACUGCACCAACAUCUACCACUGGAUCAACAACAAAUGUACCAACAUCCACAACUCUGUUAACAACAACUGCACCAGCAUCUACAACAAUAUCAACAACUGCACCAACCUCAGCAUUCACUGCAUCAACAUCUACUACUCCAUCAACAACAUUUGUACCAAUAUCUACCACCCUGUUAACAACACGUGCACCAACCUCAGCAACAACUAAACCAACAUCUACCACUCUGUUAACAAAAACUAGACCAACAUCUACCACUCCAUCAACAUCAACUUUACCAAUAUCUAUCACUCUACAAACAACUGCUACUCCAACCUCAACAUUAACUGUACCAACAUCUAUCACUCCAUCUACAACUACUGCAGCAGCCUCAACAUCAACUGUACUGACAUCUACAACUCCAUUGACAACAACUGCAGCAGCCUCAACAUCAACUUUUCUGACAUCUACAACUCCAUCGACAACAACUAUACCAACAUCUAGCACUCUACCAACAACUUCUGCACCAACAACAACUACCAACAUCUACCACUCCAUCAACAUCUACUUUACCAAUAUCUAUCACUCUACAAACAACUGCUGCACCAACCUCAACAUUAACUGUACCAACAUCUAUUACUCCAUCUACAACUACUGCAGCAGCCUCAACAUCAACUGUACUGACAUCUACAACUCCAUUGACAACAACUGCAGCAGCCUCAACAUCAACUUUUCUGACAUCUACAACUCCAUCGACAACAACUACACCAACAUCUAG